CUCACUCGCACAUCUCAGCCCACACACACACUCGAUCAGCCCUUGAGCCACUCGUACCAAGUCCUUUGGCUGGCCGGUCCGUCGAGCUCCGGGAUGUAACAGAAGGAUGUGUUGCCGUCAGCCGAACGCUCAUUCACCUGAAUGAAACAGACAGACAGGACAGAUACACAACACGACACAAGCGGACGUACAGAAGUGUUCGCAUCACCUCUCCCUCUCUCUGCGUGUGUGUGGGGAGAGGUGGGUGUGGGUGUGGGUGUGUACAUGGUUGUUUGGGAAGACCAUGGUCGACGUGCCGUAGCCCAUCUUCCUCGCCACAUCCUGUGUGUUUGUUUUGUUGUUUGUGUGUGUUAUGUGUGUACGCACCAGCACACAUAUCACAUGACAUCACAUCACAUGAGAUGCCACGCCCCCGUGUGUGCGGUGCGACACGACAGAACCCACCUUACCUUGUAGGUUUGCAGUGCCUCCUUUGACAUGGUCGGCCGCCGCGAGUACAUUAUCACCGAUGUCCACCACUUGCUGUCCUCACGACGCACCUGUGUGGUGUGCAGUGCACCGCAGCCACCACCCAGACACACACACUCACGUGCAUCACCCAUAUGUGUGUCUUUGUAGAGACAGACGCGUUGCAUUCACGCUUUGCUGACUGACCGGUGAUAAAGCGGCGCAGUAGUAGUAGAUGACGUACUCGUUGGGCUUGUGCGCCAACACCACAUAAGGCCGAUCGUCAUUCCAGAACAACUUGCCUGCACACAGAGGGAGGGAGGGAGGGAGGGUGUUUGUUUGGACGGGCAUCUGUGUACCUACCUGGUGUGUCGGUUGCUGUGAAGUUGCCAAAAUCCUGUGCCUCCUUCCAAUGCAGCUUGCCGUCCUUCUCCUUCACAUUACCACGGUACCUGUGUUGUGUUGCGUACACGCACAUCCAUCCAUCCAUCCACCCGCACCCACCCCUCCUCCCACAAGAAACACUCACCACUCGUGCAUGUGCCAUUUGUGUCGAUUGUCGCGUUCGUCCGGCGGGUAGUGUGUGAUGUUGACCCGCUGGCAGUCGUAGUUGUCUAGGUCGGUCAUGCCGAUGGUCAAGUACCAGCUGCCCUCGAGCACCUCGGGGCUGAAGGUGGCGUCGGGGGUGGGGUGCAGACACCUCCCGUCCUUGGGCAGGUGCAGCACGCCGCCGUCCGGCCUGAUGUGAACCGACACACACGGAUGGAUGGAUGGAUGGAUGGAUGGAUGGAUGGAUGUGCUGCACAGAGUUUGGGCAUUGCCCCCGCCGACAGACCUGACUGACCUGCUUGACAGAGGGAUGUCGAAGCAUUCAUCGAGGCAUGUGGUUAGCGUGAAGAACUUCUGCCGCCGGUGGGGAUAGCUGAUACAUCACAUCCACCACACCAAGCGAACAAACAACCAAUCAGUCAAUCAACACACACUCCCUCUCUUCCCCCGCUCCCCUUCCCCCUCUCACUCACCAGCAGGGCACCCAGUUGGUGAGGUUGAUGACCCUCUCCUUCUCGUGCUCGGGGCCCUCCUUGGGAAUCACAGACACACCCGCACACUGCAACGCCUCACGGCAGUCAACAUCUAUGUUACACAUACACAUCACCGAGACCGCAACGCACACAACACAGAUCACAGACGACAGGGGAACAUGGGUGGCUGCAUUAAUUGCAUCAUGAUGGUAGUAUCCUUGUGUUUGCUGCUGUUCUCUGCUGGCUGACCGGAGAGGCACUUGAGGAAUGUGUUGGAGCAGUGCAGCAGCGGGCUGAUGCGGCACAGCUGUCGGCUCCUCUUCAGAGCAAACACUAUGGCGACAACCGCCACACCCGCCUGAUGAUGAUGAGAAUAUACAUAACAAGCCACAGUCCCGGGCGUCACUCUGUGCUCCAUUCUUCCUGUGCUUCUUGCCUUGAAAGCGCCCUGCCAGCCGAAGGUUUCGCCCAUGUCGAUGAGUAACUGAACUGAUCUCUCCGGAAAGUUGCUCGAGAGAUCAGCUGGAAAGAUCCUCACUUUCAGGUCAACGCUAUACGAAUGACGUUGAGUGGCG